AUGCCUCUAGUGAAACAACCCCUUCCUGACAACUGGCUCUUCGUACGCCUCCCAGCUGACCAUGCAGCUAGAAAAAUAGAAGCCUACGCUAUCUACUCUAGCCUACGGUCUCAACUAAACUCAAACAGUUCAGCACUAAAAGAAGUUCAAGCUACAAAGACUGGUUUUGCACUAUGUCCCUCAUCCCCAGAAGCCCUCCUAACCCUUAAGGCCCAAAAAGAGAUUAUCUCUGCAUUCUUUGUGAACUGCCAGAUAGAACAUAGCUCCCGAUGGGUCUUGUACCGAGUCACCAAUGUGCCAAGGAAAGUUGGCCAAAUCUUGGACAGUCAAUACUCUCUAAUCCCUGUCAAUCCUACACUACUAUCCUCAGAAAUCAGUGAAACUACAAGACUCAAGCCUAUAUCUAUUAGCGAGACCGCUACAAGUGCCGCCAACCCUGAUACUCUUUCCUUAAGCUGGUUUUUAUCCAAUGCACACGAUGCUGGAAAUGGUAUAAUGCAUAAUCCUGUGCCUGCCCCUCUCGAUGCCGGCUCUGCGGCUCCUCAGAGCAUACUGAAUAGGGACAUGUUAACUGCUGCACAGCCCUGGAGCCUCAUCAGUGCCCUCCUAGAUGUAUACACUGCCAUGGACCACAUCCUGCUGAUUUCCCAGAAUGCCUCCUGCGCCCUAAAGGCAACUCUAAACAUACUAAAGCUCAAUAAGCAGAGAUCCGGAAAUCCUGUGCUAUUAACCUUGCAAAAGCUCGAACUGAAGGAGGAUGUAGCACUCAGCUCUCCAUUGGCACACAAGAAACACCUAUGGCACUAG